AUGGAGGUGGAGGAGCGCAGGAACCGCAGGCGGCGCCAGGAACGCGUGGCCAUACCGCUUGCUCAGCUGGGUCGAUUAGGAAGCUCUUCUUCACGCCUGGCCUCGGGCUCCGGCUCUUUGUCAAGACAGCCUUCCGGAAGCGACGCGGUGGAAGACGAUGAAGCGUCGCCGCAGAUGGGCUAUUUCCCCCCUCACUCCAGCUCGCGCCGGCCAAAGUCUGGCAGCUCUACGUCUCGGCCAUCGAGCAUCCACGAAGACUCGUCGAAAGAUCCCUUUCAAUACCUCACGACUGGGCCUCGUGGUUCUACUUCUUCUGCGCCCAAGCGGCACAACUCUGGUCAAUCUGACCUGAGUUCCAUGUCGCGCCGUGGCAGGCCCGAGUCGUCCGGCUGGAGCCAACAGGGAUCCUCCAGAAGGCAAAGCUCCGACGAGACCAGCGAGGAACUGGCGUUGGUAGAAGAGAAAUCGAGUCGUGCCGGCAAGGGCAGGGAGGAGAUUGUCGUCGAGCUGGAGCCCGAGUCUCCUACUGGGCCCGAGCCGGCGUCGUCUCGCACGCGGUCAGCAUCGAGAAAGAAGCCUGAGUCUGCGUCGUCAAGGAAGACGGUGUCGAGCAGGACGACGACGAGUUCAGGGGUGUCGUCGGGGGUGCGGAGGAAGAAGAGGGACGAUGCGCGUUGA